ACUUUCGAGCAAAAUAUGAAAAUUUAAUUAUUCAAUAAUAUACUCACAAAGCCCAAAACAUCGACAAUGGAAGAACUUUUAAAAAUAAAAUCUUGUAAAUAUUGCCAACAGAACAUUUUACCAUGCACAGACGAAGGCUUAACGUGUUCUUUAUGUCAGCAAAGUGUACAUUCUCGAUGCCUCAAAAGGGGCACAGUCCCCGGCGGCAUAGCAGGAGAUUUAUUCUAUAUUUAUACUUGCUCGGAGUGCUCCGAUACGGGCCUGGAGAUAUUCGUAAGGGAUAAAUUAUCCUGGCUCCAAACAAUUGUUAUGUCAUUGCACCAUCUCCAAAUGAAAAGUGGUGGAUUGGCAAGAAAAGGAUUUUUCCAUUGGAGACACCAUAUUGUUUCAUUCAUAGAUCGUAAUUGGCAAGUUUUGUAUCCAAAUGAAAAACCAAGAAAGAAACGUUGGAUGGGUACAGUUUCUGGACGACUUUCCCAUUAUAGCAGCUAUCUUUUUGUGUCUGGCAGCAAGACUGCCUUCAAUAAACCUGCUUGGUGGACGUUGAUGUAUCCUAAAGUUACACCUUUUGUGAUAUCCAGUGUUUACAGUGCGUUAACGAUGGAAAAACAAAAAAGCAAAUUGAAAAACGAAAAAAAAUUAAUGUCAGAUUCAAGCCAGUUCCAUUAUUUAUUGACUCAAUACUUACCAGAUCCAAAUAUGACUCAAGCUGUGGACAUUACUAAUAAUGCAAAUAUUGAAUUUGAAAAUAUCGAAGAGGUGGAAUUGGAUUUAGAGAAAAAGAAAUCAAAAUCAUCAAAACGUAAAAACAAUCGGUCAAUUUGCAGUGAAGGCCCGAAAAAAUUAAUAAAACUUUCUGCAAAAAUGGCCCUACCUGCUUUAUUUGAAGAACCUGCAAUAGUACAAGAAAUUGCACCACCCGCAGAACCAAUAAUAGUGCCCAAAGUUGAGAAUCAAAUGAAGGAAACGCCAAAAGUGCCUGUUAGAUUGUUAGAUGCCAUGUGCUAUUAUAACACAUCUUUGAAUAAUAUUUCUCGAAUGAAGAUGGUAAAAAUGGCAGUAAAAUUAACUGGAGGCAUAAGAAAAGAAAUGAUUUUAUCUCCUUACAGUGGCAUUUAUUUGAAACCUUAUAUUCGAAGGGAUUCAGAGACAUUUCCUAACUGGUUGAAACUUAUGGCAGAAAUUCAGAUUUCGGCAAACAAAAACAAUCCGGACUUUAAGCUACCACCUCGCUCGUGCAUAGAAUACACUUACGUCCAACCAGAACAUAUUCCCGCAAUUAACAGUUUGUGCAAUCAUUUUUUUUGGCCAGGAAUUGACGUGACUGAAUCGUUGCAGUAUCCAGAUUUCAGCUGCGUUGCACUCUAUAAAAGGUUGAUUAUUGGAUACGCCUUUUUGGUUCCUGAUGUGCAACAUACGGAAAAUUAUAUUUCUUUUGUAUUCACUAGGCCCGGAUGGAGAAAUUGUGGGAUCGGAAAGUUUAUGAUUUAUCAUUUGAUUCAGACAAGUUUAGGAAGAGACAUAACCCUUCACGUUUCCAUAGACAAUCCAGCCUUGUUUUUGUAUCAGAAAUUUGGAUUCAAAGUGGAAAAUGUAGUUCUAGAUUUUUAUGAUAAAUAUUUCCGAAAUGACGUAAAAGAAUCCAAAAAUGCGUUUUUCUGUAGGUUACAAAGAUAAAUUAGGAGUGAAAGCGUAUUUAUUUUUGUUUGAAUUUAUAAUUUCUUAUUACCUAAAUAUAACUCUAACUUAAUAAUAGUUGAUAUAGGUCUAAGAUAUUUUUUUUUACCCUGCUUGUCCUAAGAAAUUUUCUUAUCUAAACACAUUAAAUACAGUGUCUCCCGGAUAUAAAUAUACAAAAACAACCAGAACAUACAUAUUAUAAUACCUGUAAUCUUUAGUGCCAACAUCUAAAUAGGGUCAAACGUGGGAAUAAUGCACAGUUGGUCAGAAAGGACAUACAUAUUCAUAAUAUGUAAUAUUUGUUCGGUUAUAACAAACAUGACAGCUAAUUUUUGAUACCUAUCUUUCAGGGGCCUGGUUAAUUAUUGAAAAUUGACAAUCAGCUAUUACAACCCCAUAAGAUCAUUGAACAUAACAAAUUACACACAUCAACAAUGCUUAUUUUCUACACUUUUCUAAUCAUUAUACUUAGGAUAGUAAUUAGUAAACUACCUAUUAUAAUAAUAUUAUUAUGAAAACAUGAAUUUUUUAAAACACACUAAAUUAAAAACUAGGGCUCGGAAUUUUUAAAGUUCAAGUAUUCGAAUAGUCGUUUGGUAUUUUAUUCGAAUAGUUGAAUAAUUUGAAUAGUCGAAUACCUAUUUGAAUAGUCGAAUAUUCGAAUAGUCUGAUAUUCGAAUAGUCGAAUAUUCGAAUAUUCGAAUUUGCUAACUAACAAAAAAGUCGAAUUUAGAAUAGUCGAAUAUUCGAAUUAUUCGAAUACAAUUCCGAGCCCUACUAAAAACAAUAUUUCGUUUCAGUUAAAAUGGCCAUGACGUUUAUCAAUAAACGACACCUAUAAUCGAGCCUAUAAUGAACAAUCUUGGGUUUUUAUAAACAUAAUAAAACUCUAACAUUGCUGAUUCAAAUAAUAACAGUGUAGAAGUCAUUAGGUGGAUAGGGUUUGACCAUUUAACAUAUUUCUACACAAAUAAAGACUACUUAAUAAAAAUAAAGAGCUAAAUGAGAUUUAAAAAAAAAAAACAUUUCAUGGAUUUGAAUCAAGCAGGUGAAGAUUUGAUUCAUGUACACAGCAUAAGGAAAAAAAAAUCAAAUUUUCAAGUGUGGUUGCCAAAGAAUGUAGAUAAAGAGAAUAGCUAUUGGUAAACUAACUCUCUAAAGUUCAGAAAUGUUUUAUUGUAUGAGAUUGGAUUAACCUACUUAAAGCUAAUAGUCAGCAGAAUGAGGAGUAACUUUUUAAGAUCCCCAUUGCCCUUUGUCAGUAAAUAUCUGCAAGAUAAAUUUACCUAUCUAUAAGUCUAUCCACAAUGGGAUACCAGGGCUGGAACUCCGUAACGGGUAAGGAUCAUUAUCCCUAUCGCUAUGGCACUUGCUGUCUUCUUCUUUCUUGUUGAAAUCAAUCGAGAGGAGACAUCAAUAGAGAUAGAGAAAAUAUCUCUAUUCGUUACAGAGGUCCAGCCCUGAUCGCUUUUCUAUGCGUCAGAUUGCAUACCUGACAGUUUAUCAGAAGGUGAAUGAACUGGCCCUUAGGGCCAAAUUAUGGACUGACUGGUAAACGUCUGGUUGUUACCUAGCAGGUACUUUGUAUGCUCUGGAUAAUAGAAAGUACCUGCUAGGUAACAACCAGACACUUACCAUAAUUUGGCUCUAAAGGCCGUAUCAGACGUGCCGUUGCCGAUUACUAUUGACGAUUACGAUUGGAAAUUCGACCAAUCAAAAUGUACCUGCUUCUGGUUGCGAUUGCCGUUGUCUGUUUAGGUUGGAGUCUAAAUUUUACGAGGCCGUUCUGAACCGUAGCCAAUGAAAGUGCUUUAUGAACAGCAUGUGUCAUUUGUCUAAACGUCACUUUUUUAGUUUUGCAAUUUAUCACUUCUGGUACUGCACCCAAACCGAUUUUGGUUUGGAUCUUUCUCUUUACUCUUCUUCCAAUAUAAUCAUAUAGCACAACAAUGCAGAAGAAACUUUCCGACGACGUUCGGCGCUGUACUUUGAAUAUUUUAGCUGCGACAUUUUGACGUUAUAAACAUUUCAAGUGACCAGAAAUCGGUAACGGAACGGUGUCAAGUGUGAUUGAAACCGCGACGGCAACGGCUAAAGGAAUCGGCAACGGCACGUCUGAUACGGCCUUAAGGGACCAACUGGUAAGACACUUACCUAAGUGUCUGGAUGUUACCUAGCAGGUACUUUCUAUUAUCUAGAGCAUAGAUAGUAUCUGCUAGGUAACAACCAGACGUUUACCAGUCAGUCCAUAAUUUGGCCCUUAAUGAAAUAAGUUUUGCAUUUAUAUCCAGGAUAACCUAUAGGUACAGUAUCGAGUACAGUACAACACAACAAAAAUUGCGGACAAUACUUUUUUGGUCACUAAUGCCCUAUUAACAAUAUUAUAUAAAUAUAAUCUUAAACAACUCUCCUCCUCUUGACAACUGGCGUGACUGUAAUCGGACUGGAUUUGCCGCUAGAGCCCGAAUCGUCAUUUGAUUUCAAACUCAAACUCCCCCUAGUUCUUUUAGUAGGUUUGGGUGUACUUUUUUCCUCUUUAGGGGUAGCUGCAUUUCUACCCUUGCCAGAUUUACCACCUUUUUCCAUGACUUCUUUUUUCAAAUCUUUUUUCACAUUAGCUGGAGUUUUGUCUUUAGCUCCCUCCUUACUAUCCCUCCUUGGUGUCGCAUCUUUAGUAUUCUUGUUAAUUUCUUUUUUAACUGAUUCUUUGGUUAUUUUUACUGUUUCAGUCUCAAUCUUUUUAUCUUCCUCUUUCUUGCUUAACAACAAUUCGCCAAACUCCGACUCUGGCAACGAAAAUUCCUUCUCUGUAUUAGGAAAAGGUAUGGACUCGUUUUCGUCCAAAGCCUCGAGAUUGUACAUGGUUUCGAGGUGGGCCCAUAUUUUCUGCGGAUCGACGUCUUUGCGUAAAUUAGUUGCAAAUUUGUCGCAAAUCAGGGCCAUUUGGAA